UUGCUGCGAGAAUGCGGGGCCACUCUCUCUCUCCCUCUUCUUCUCGCUGAUCAGGCGAGCCCGGCAAGUGCCGUCCUAGAGCGGCGUCGCUUGGCGGGGGGCCGCCCAUGGGGUCCUGAGGCGAGGGCAUCUCUUUUUCCAUUCUGGCUACUGACUACCAAGGCUGUUUAAAUGAGAAUGUCCUUGGCCCAGAGAGUGCUACUCACAUGGCUCUUUACGUUACUCUUCCUGAUCAUGUUGGUGUUAAAACUGGAUGAAAAGGCACCCUGGAACUGGUUUCUCAUAUUUAUCCCGGUUUGGAUAUUUGAUACCAUUCUUCUAGUGAUGAUCAUCGUGAAAAUGGCUCGCCGUUGUAAGUCCGGCUACGAUCCUCGCAACGGCUCUCAGAAUCUCAAGAAAAAAGCAUGGUACUUGACGGCGAUGCUUCUGAAGCUGGCCUUCUGCCUGGCCCUGUGCGCGAAACUGGAACAAUUUACUGCCAUGAAACUUUAUUACGUCUUUAUUCCCCUUUGGAUUCUGCUCAUCGGCGGGAUGAUAGAACUCGGCUAUAAUAUUUUCUACGUAAGGAGGGACUAAACUUUCAUUUUGUUUGUUUUCACAUUCCUGAGCAACGCUGCUACGAGCUUUACCGCCUCUAAAAAGGAAUUAUUUAAAAUAGGCAUUUGCUCUGCAAGCUGUUAAGACGUGAUUCUUCAGUAUGCGAAGCGGAGCCAUCUAAUGUUCCAUGUACAUAUUGUAAAUAAAACCACCUCAUAUUUUC